AUGACCUUUGUUUGGAAAGCACUGUCCGCAAAAAUAAGGGCACAAGGAGAUGUGGUCCUUAAUGUUGCAUCUAGUGGUAUUGCUUCUUUGCUGUUGCUAGGCGGUCGAACAGCGCACUCGCGGUUUGCUAUACCCAUUGCUGUUACAGAAGACUCGACAUGCAACAUAUCUCAAGGUAGCGAUCUUGCCCAACUCUUGAUAACUACGAAGCUUAUAAUAUGGGACGAAGCACCAAUGAUGCACAAGCAUUGCUUCGAAUGUCUAGAUAGAACUUUGAGAGAUCUAAUGCGGGUCCAGGAUUGCAAUAGUGGUAGUAAGACGUUUGGUGGUAAAACAAUGGUAUUAGGAGGUGAUUUUAGACAAAUACUACCGGUUGUGCCUAAAAGGUCAAGACAAGAUAUUGUUUCUGCAACAAUAAACUCUUCUUACUUGUGGGUAUCAUGUAAAGUGUUGAGGUUAACAAAGAAUCUCCGCCUAAAUACAGAUGAAGAAGGUGCUAAUAUUGAGGAGAUUAAAGAUUUUGCUCAGUGGUUGGCUCAAAUCGGUGAUGGUAUUUUGGGAGGCCCUAAUGACGGCUAUGCAAAAGUUCAAAUUCCUCAGGAAAUGUUGUUGCCAUCGACUGGGGAUAACAUAGCAACAAUUGUGGAUAAUAUUUUUCCAAUGUUCAAAGAAGGUGGCUGUCACCAAGAGUACAUGGAAAGUCGUGCGAUCUUGGCUCCGACGCUCGAUGUUGAAAAUGCAGUGAAUGAAUAUAUGACCGAUCUGCAUGUCGCUGAAAGCAGGACCUACCUAAGUUGCGACACUGUGUGUAACGCGGAUUCAAAUAAUGGCAUCCUAUCUGAUAUGCACACUCUAGAAUUCCUGAAUGGAUUAAAAGCAUCUGGCAUUCCUAAAGUGGGAUCUCCAGUCAUGUUGUUGAGAAACAUAGAUCACUCAAUGGGACUAUACAAUGGCACAAGGCUUAUUAUCACUAGGUUAUCAGAGUAUGUUGUUGAAGCAAAAAUUGUGUCUGGCCAUAAUGCCGAACAAAUUGUCUUGAUACCAAGGAUGGCAAUGACGCCAACAAAUACAAGGCUGCCGUUCAAAUUUCAAAGAAGACAAUUCCCGUUAGUGUUGGCGUAUGCGAUGAACACUAACAAAAGUCAAGGCCAAACGUUAAAGCAUGUUGGGUUACUCCUAAGGAAACCUGUUUUUGUUCAUGGCCAAUUGUAUGUUGCUGCUUCAAGGGUUAGUAGCCCUAAAGGGUUAAGAAUUUUAAUAUCAAAUGAUGAUGGAGAGAGUAAUAAUUAUACUACGAAUGUUGUGUACCAUGAAGUUUUCAAUAAUUUGUAA